AUGAAUAUUACCGAUAAAUUGUUUCAAUUCAAAUGGGAUUUCACAGCUGAUGACAGAUUGAAUUAUUUUGGUCAAAGUGCUUUCUCAAUACGAGUGCCCGCAUGGAUGAAUGAUCAAGAAGCGGGUUCUUGUGUGACGGGAGAACAGCGUUUCGUCACACCCGAAUUUCAAUCUCCCGUCGCUUUGAGCGCCAAUCGCUCGAUGCAGAGGACGUACGAAUGCGAAAACGCGACGGCGUUCACGUUUGAAAUGCUCGAAUAUUUGGGUGGACAAUUCACGAUGGUCUUGUUUAACGGAAAUCAAUCACUCUAUAAUGAAACUAUUAAUAGCGCUGCCGCUUUCCAUAACAAAACGUUCGAUGAAACGGAUCAAGUCAUUAUUUCCGCUCUGUAUCUCGAUCAAGAGCACACAGUGGCGAUAAAAAUGGCUCAUUUGAAAGCGAACGAAAAAGACAAAGCCGAUCUCCUUCAAGAGAUCGAAUUCAUGAAAACCCUUGAGGACAAGCUAACCGAUGAUGAUUUGGUGCCGUUGGCUUGGCAAAUAAGCGAUGCGCUGAGUUAUCUGUCCUCUCGAAAGAUGAUUCAUCGCGACGUGGCGGCAAGGAAUGUUUUGUUGGCUGGGACAAAAAUGGCGAAAUUGAGUGAUUUCGGUCUAUGCCGUCUCUCCGAUGAGAUGUUUUACACGACAAAAGGCGGCAAAUUGCCCAUAAAAUGGAUGGCUCCCGAAUCAUUGGAGUUCGGCGUUUUCACUGAGAAAACCGAUGUCUGGUCUUUUGGCGUUUUCCUCUAUGAAUUAUUCACCUAUGGAGCCGUUCCCUAUAUCGGUGUGGAUCCCGAGUUGAUGUUGAGCCAUUUGAAAGAUCAAAAAACAAUGCAUUUACCUGAUGCGGCUCCAGAAAUCAUG